CAUGUGCAUGUUUGUGUGUAUGUCUGGGUCUGUGUGAAAUCAACGAGGAUUAUCAGAAGGCGGGCGGAUAUCGAGGGAGUGACACAUGGCUCCCUAACACAGCACCCUUCUCCGGGUCAGUACCGUCCGGUCGUCACCGUCAUGCCGGUGUUCUUCUCCCCCGGGCCGCAGACGCUGCGCGCCGGGCUGUCCUACGUCGGGAGCGCCGUGUUCGCCAACAACCGCACGACGGACAGCGACGUGGCCCUGGAGCAGGACGACAGAUCAGCGGUCCACGAGCUGGUGUCCCACCUGCCGCUCCAGAUGCUGCUCUACUUCAACAUGUUCUACUUCCCCUGCUGGUGGGCGUCCGCUGUGGCCAUGCUCCACCUCAAGCUCUGCCUGCUCCCAGGGUACUACCAGGCCCUGCUGGUCACCGGGGUGAUCCUGCUGACCGCCAUCGAGGCGGCCCGGCUCUACCUGGGCUGGGUGGGGAACCUCACGGAGCAGGUACCAGAGCUGGCUGCGUUCUGGCUGCUGUCCGUCUCCUUCCAGCUGCCCGUGCUGCUCUUCUUCCUGACGGACGCCGCCAUCCUGAUCCUGCCCCUGGAGCGGGCGGUGCACGGCGUCCUCCUGCUCCUCCUGCUGGCCCAGAUCGCCUGCUCCUUCCUGGCCCUGCGCGCCAUGACCCGCAAGCUCACGCUGCUCUUCCACCUGCGGCAGAUCGGGGAGGUGGAGAGCCCCCGCCCCCGGCACCACCAGCUCCACCCGCUGGGCCCACUGCCCCCCCACCACCGCAGCGUCCUGCCCAUGACCGGGGACCCCCGUCGGAGGUGACGGAGGAGGAGGGCGGGGGUGGAUGAUCUGGUGAU